AUGGACGCCGGCAUCUGGCGUCUGAGCUGGCGCUGUCUCCUCCUCCUGGCUCUCCUUGGAUCUACCCGGAGCGAGGGUGUGGAGAGCUGCGAAGAAGUUCGGAAACUUUUUCAGUGGCGACUUGGGGGAGCUGUCAAGGGACUGCCGUAUACGCCGCGGGCAGGACCUGAUCUUCAGGUUUGUGUAUCCAAAAACCCAACAUGCUGUACCAGGAAGAUGGAAGAGAGAUACCAGAUUGCAGCUCGGCAAGAUUUGCAGCAGGUGCUUCAGACAUCCAGCUCAACAUUAAAGUUGUUAAUAUCUCGAAAUGCAGCUGCUUUUCAAGAGACCCUGGAAACCCUCAUCCGGCAAGCAGAGAAUUACACCAGCAUCCUUUUCUGCAACACCUACAGGAACAUGGCCUUGGAGGCUGCCGCUUCCAUUCAGGAGUUUUUCACUGAUGUAGGGCUCUAUUUAUUUGGUGCAGAUGCUAAUCCUGAAGAAUUUGUAAACAGAUUUUUUGACAGUCUUUUCCCUCUGGUCUACAACCAUCUCAUAAGCCCUGGUGUGACUGACAGUUCUCCCCAAUACUCUGAAUGCAUCCGAAUGGCCCGCCAGAAUGUUAGUCCAUUUGGUAAUAUUCCCAAAAGAGUCAUGGGGCAGAUGGGGAGGUCCUUGUUGCCCAGCCGCACAUUUCUACAGGCCCUUAAUCUGGGCAUUGAAGUCAUCAACACCACGGACCACAUGCACUUCUCCAAGGAAUGCAGUCGAGCCCUCUUGAGGAUGCAGUAUUGCCCGCACUGCCAGAACCUCAUGCUCAGUAAGCCCUGUAUGGGGUACUGCCUCAAUGUCGUCAGGGGCUGCCUCGCCCACAUGACAGAGCUCAAUCCACACUGGCAUGCUUACAUCCGGUCUUUGGAAGAGCUCUCAGAUGCAAUGCACGGGACCUACGACGUUGAGCACGUGCUCCUGAACUUCCACCUGCUUGUGAAUGAUGCUGUGUCGCAGGCACACCUCAAUGGGCAGAAUCUACUGGACCAGGUGACUAAGAUUUGUGGCAAUCCAGUGAGGACAGUGACACAGAGCCCCCGCUGUACGUCUGAUGCAAGCAAAGAGAAGCAUGGAGUGAGGAUCUCUACAAGGAAUGGCGAGGAGACACUUGCCAACAGAAGAAAAGAAUUCAUCAACAGCCUUAGACUGCACAGGUCUUUCUAUGGUAGCCUGGCUGAUCAGCUUUGCAUCACUGAAUUAGCUGCUGCUGAAGGAAGGCCCUGCUGGAAUGGAGAGGACAUAGUGAAAAGCUAUGCUCAACGAGUGGUUGGAAAUGGGAAGAAAGCCCAGUCUGGAAACCCCGAAGUCAGAGUCAGAGGAACUGACCCUGUGAUAAACCAGAUCAUUGAUAAACUGAAGCAUGUUAUCCAGUUGUUACAGGGUAGAUCACCCAAACCCAACACAAGGGAGAUGCUUGAGCCAGGCAGUGGUGGCGGCAUGCUGGAACAAUCCAGUGGGGACUGUGAUGACGAAGACGGCUGUGGUGGAUCAGGGAGUGGAGAAGUCAAGAGGACCCUGAAGAUCGCAAACUGUGAGUGCAUGGAUCUAGCAUUACUUUCAAAUGGUUGGUUUUGA